UCUGGGGACGUUUGCAUCAAUGGAAUCCCGCAAGCGCGUCACUUGAAAGGACGUCUGACUGAAUACGAGCUGAUUAGCUUCAGAUCCUCGCCCCUGCUUUGCUUGUAUGGGAAAUUACACCGCGCUCAAAACAACAGGGAACUCGGAAAUCGGAGAUUUCCGACUUCAGUGCGUUCAAGACAACUGGGAACUCUGAAAGAAACGCGUUUCGACUGGGAAAAAUCGUUUUGAACGAUCAUCCAACUAGGAAUUCCAACUCGGGAACUCGGGCUUCUUUCUAGAGCUCCGGCUUUCCGUCCUAAAGAUCACUGACGUCAUGACUUCACCUCGUAUUCUUCCGAGUUCCCAGUUGUCUUGAAAGCACCAUUAAAGGGGGCGUCCCUCUGACGUAAUGGUAAAAUAAAAUUGAUUGUAUAAAUGUGUUCCCAAGAUCUCAAUAACAUUAGAACUGCAGAGCAACUUCGGGUGCAAGGUGACUACGGAUAUUGCUUAAAAUACUAGUGAGAUAUAAACAGAAAUGAAUAAUGUCCCCCCACAUGGAGCUCAGCCUUAUGAGAACAGCCUCUACAACUCAGAGUCUCUGAGCCUGGACCUUACCUCAAGGUUAGCUAUGGAUGUGAGUAGUCAUGCCGACCAGCUCUCUGCCCCUUCCAUUCCUAGCAUCAACUCCCUGGUGGGCACUUACGCUGGUGAGUUUAAUGCCAGUCAGAUUGCCACAGCUCCUACCACCGCCUCGGACCCUGAGUCGCCCUUCAAGCUGGAUGACUUCCAGGUUUACGGCUGCUACCCUGGCACCUUGGCCCUGAGCUACUUCGACGAAGCCCUGUCUUCUGGUGGCUCUGACUUUUUCGUCAACCCUGUGUCAGCCCAGUCUCCCUGUACUCCUGGCUUCCAGACCCAGCCUGCGUCAGUUUGGGACUCGGCCUUCGGUCCAUACUCUCCCAGCCUGGACAGCUGGGUGGCUGAUAAGACUGCAUUAACACAGCCAUCCUCUUUCUUCACCUUCUGUCCCGGCUCAGUGGAGGAUCUGUCUCCUCUGGGCCAUCCACAGCCCCAGCUGGCUGAGCAAGACCCCUUCUCUCUGGGCCAGCAGCCCCCCUCCCCCCUGUCCUUCUCCCCUCUAACCCAGGAGCCAGGCACCCUAGAUGUCUCAGGCCUCAUUGAAGGGAGAAUGUCUGCGAAACCGCACAGCCCUACUGAAAACGAGGGUCUCUGUGCUGUUUGUGGGGACAACGCCUCCUGCCAGCACUAUGGGGUUCGCACCUGUGAGGGCUGCAAAGGUUUUUUCAAGCGUACUGUACAGAAAAAAUCUAAAUACGUGUGCCUUGCCAACAAGGACUGUCCAGUUGACAAGCGGCGACGGAACCGCUGUCAAUUCUGUCGUUUCCAGAAGUGCCUGGCAGUAGGCAUGGUGAAAGAAGUUGUGAGAACAGAUAGCUUAAAAGGUCGAAGAGGUCGUCUGCCCUCCAAGCCAAAAGCAGUUCAGGACCUAUCGUCUGCUGUGUCUCGAGUCGACAUCAUUGCCUCUCUUGUGAGAGAAUACAUUGAAUCAAACUCUGGUGUUGGGAAACUGGACUACUCCAAGUACCAGGAGACUGUGGUCAGUCUGUCAGAGAAAGAGAACACUUGUGACAUCAAACAGUUCUACAACCUCCUCACAGAGUCCAUGGACGUGAUCAGGAAGUGGGCUGAGAGCAUCCCUGGGUUCACCGCCUUCUGCUCCGAGGACCAGGAGCUGCUACUGGAGUCAGCCUUCUUGGAACUGUUCAUCUUGCGACUAGCAUACAGGUCCAACCCUGAGACGGACAAGCUGAUCUUCUGCAAUGGCAUGGUUCUUCACCGCAUGCAGUGUAUACGGGGCUUCGGUGACUGGAUAGACUCCAUCAUGGACUUCUCCCAGAGCCUCCACCGCAUGAACCUGGACGUGUCAUCCUUCUCCUGCCUCACAACUCUGGUCAUAAUCACUGACCGCCAUGGCCUGAAGGAUCCAAAGCGGGUGGAGGAGUUCCAGAGCCAGCUAAUCACCUGUCUCAGAGAUCACGUCUCCAGCUGCGCCCCCGACUCCACUGGGCCCAACUACCUGUCCCGCCUUCUGGGAAAGCUGCCCGAGCUACGGACUCUCUGCACCCAGGGCCUGCAACGCAUCUUCUAUCUCAAGCUUGUGGACUUGGUCCCACCACCCCCCAUAGUUGACAGAAUGACCAUGGACAUUCUGCCUUUAUGAGAGCGAGAAAAGACAAUACCGACUGUGCACUUGUGCUGCUAAAGGGAUGAUAAAGGGACGUCAAAUGAUCAAGCAGUCUCAGUGUUGAGUAGGGACAAAUUAAGGAAACUAUGCUCCCAAAGAUUUCACGUGAAAGUAGUGAAUUAUACUGUAAGACUUAAAAAGGUAUGAAGCUAUUAAAGCACUAUCGUACUUGAGGAAAAAUUGACCUCUCUCGUUCAUUAGCAAUGGCUGUAGUACGGUGAUGAGAAUGUGAUAUCAUUGAAAUAGUUUUCCUUGUUUUGGUGCAGUAUUUCAGACUUAUGGCUUUGAGUGUGCACUAAUGAUCCACAACCAAAAUGGUUGACAGUGGUCAACUGUGGGAGAUGAGGUGAACGUGGUUUAUUUACACACAGCUUCAGUAGUGUAAUGGAGAGGGAAUAUCUCCAGAAUAGUUUUUUUUAUACGUAUAUAAUUAUAUUUUUAUAUACAUUUAGAAAACUAACAAACAGACCUUGUGGGAGAUCUGUUGACGUGCCCUGGUAGUCUGUUAGAUGACUAAUGUGACGUAGUUGUUGAGUGGUUUCACUGCAAGUAUUUUGUAUGUUUUAAACAUUCAAUAAAAUAAAAAAAGACCAUGGACCAAAAGCAGACUGUUAACAACUUAAAUACCACCACGCUAUGCUAUAAUGCAGAGUCUAUACAGUAGAUUCUGAUCAACAUAAAGGAAUGUAUUACAUUUACACGGGCCCUAUGACUGCAACGUCUUGCUAUAACAUCAACGUUUGUAUAUUAUGCCUUAGCUAUGGUCUUUUUAAGAUUCAGGUUCAAGAUUGUACUUGUAUUAUAAUGGUGUUAUUGCAUAUACACAAUGAAUCGACUGCAGCAUUGUGACUGAAACAUGUUACAAUCAUAAGGAAAUCUGAGAAGGUUCCCUGACCUACCAAUUGGAGAUAGUGUUGAUUAUCAUGAAGAUUAUGCUAUAUUUGUCUGUAAUGUUGUGCAAAUAUCACUGAAAUAUGGCAGCUAUAAUUGAACAGCUCAAACAAAUAUUACAACCGUAUUAUUGGUUUUUGCUUCUAUGAAUAUUAUACAUAGCUUAUUGUGACUAUUUCUGUGUAAUACAUGACAAUGAAUGUCUUUAAAUUAGCAUGGGUUACUUAAAGCCAUAAUCAGCAAGAUGUGCAGUCCAUGACAUUUCCAGA